GCCUUUUUCCAGAGGCCGCUAAGCCCUUUGCCUGCCUGAAUACCCAGACACCCAUGAAUACUUCCUACAUCUGAGAGGCCCGCCUCUCGCCAGAGAAGCUGAGUCCCAUAGGCUGGCCAGCCUGCGCACGGCACUCCGAUUGGAAGCGGCGACUGUCCGUCAAUCAUUUUCUCUCUGUCAGACUCCCCUCCACCCUCACGCCUCUGCCUUUCCUGGUAGAUAAAGGAGGGUGAAGUUGCCUCAAUUCUGGAGAGCGCGUCUAUAGACCAGGCACGGGCAUCUAUCAUGACCUAGGCUGCGAACUUCCUCCAGUGAAGAGAGGAAUAGGCCCGAAACUUCGAUUGGGUCCAGAGAGAUGUCAGUCAAGGGAUCGGCGGGUGCAAUAGCAAUCCGACGCACAGUAUUGGUGGAGAUACGAAGCCGACGGAAUGCGGGCGGAACGGUCGGAGGGGGGGCCGGCUUCGCUUGAUUGGGCCAUAAAGGAAGCAGUGCCGCCCUCCGUACUCCGGAUUGGCUGAACGUGAGCCGCGCCCCCCUCACGCCGGCAACCGUGGGUACAAGAAGUGUCCCGGACUCGUCCCUGUUAGCCGCUGGUGCGGGUGCGGUGGGAACGAGGGCAGAAGGGGCUCUGGGUUCCAGGCCAGAUCCGACGUAGAUCCGGGAGUGGCGCGCGCUUUCUCUACGGGAUGUGCAGAUGGAGGCCGGAGGAGGCACUGCUGCCCCAGCCCCCGGGGACGCGGAGGACUUGGAGGAGAUGCGGUUCCCCAGUGAGGAGACUAGAGACGGUGAAGGGAUUUGCAGGGAUCUACCCGGUACUGCAGAUGCGAGCGUGGAGAAAACAGGAUCCGAGACCGAGGACCAGCCACGCGGCCUGCUGCUCCAGUCCGAGGCUCCACCAUGCACCUGUGGGCUCUGGGCUCCUGCAGCCUCUGAGAACAGUCCCGUGGGUGGCCCUGAGAGUGGCUCAGGGGGCCAGGGCGGGGACCCCAGCGACGAGGUCUGGCGCAGCCAGCGGAAGCACGUGUUUGUGCUGAGUGAGGCUGGCAAGCCCAUCUACUCGCGGUAUGGGAGCGUGGAGGCCUUGUCAACUACCAUGGGCGUGAUGACAGCGCUCGUGUCCUUUGUGCAGAGCGCAGGAGACGCCAUUCGUGCCAUCUAUGCUGAGGACCACAAGCUGGUGUUCCUACAGCAGGGCCCGCUGCUGCUGGUGGCCGUGUCAAGGACUCCUCAGUCGGCGGCCCAGCUGCGGGGGGAGCUUAUGGCCGUGCACGCCCAGAUCGUGAGCACGCUUACGCGUGCCAGCGUGGCCCGCAUCUUCGCGCGCAAGCAGAACUACGACCUCCGCCGCCUGCUGGCCGGCUCGGAGCGCACUCUAGACCGGCUUCUGGACAGUGUGGAGCGGGACCCAGGUGCCCUGCUGCUGGGCGCCGUGCGCUGCGUCCCUCUCGCUCGCCCGCUGCGGGAUGCGCUGGGUGCGCUGCUCCGACGUUGCACGGCGCCUGGCCUGGCCCUCUCGGUGCUGGCGGUUGGCGGUCGCCUGGUGACAGCAGCCCAGGAGCGGACCGUGCUGGCCGAGUGCCGGCUGGACCCAGCCGACCUGCAGCUGCUGCUGGACUGGGUGGGGGCCCCGGCCUUUGCGGCGGGCGAGGCCUGGGCGCCUGUGUGCCUGCCCCGCUUCAAUCCCGAUGGUUUCUUUUACGCCUACGUGGCCCGCCUGGACGCCAUGCCCGUCUGCCUGCUGCUGCUUGGCACCGACCCCGAGGCCUUCCACGACAUGGCCACCUGCCGGCGCCUGGUCGAGGACGGCAUGCACUCCCUUGGGGCCAUGCGCACCCUCAGGGAGGCCGCCAGCUUCUCCAGCACCCCAUCGGCCAGCGCCUCGGCCUACAGUGUGCAGGCUGUGGAGGCCGCCGGCCUCCGGCACUUCCUUUAUAAGCCGCUGGACAUCCCCGACCAUCACCGCCAGCUGCCCCAGUUUACCAGCCCCGAGCUGGAGGCCCCGUACAGCAGAGAGGAGGAACGACAGCGCCUGUCCGGCCUGUACCACCGCCUGCAUGCGCGCCUCCAUAACGCCUCCCGGCCCCUGCGCCUCAUCUACCACGUGGCUGAGAAGGAGACGCUGCUGGCCUGGGUGACCUCCAAAUUUGAGCUGUACACCUGCCUCAGCCCCCUGGUGACCAAGGCGGGUGCCAUCCUCGUCGUGACCAAACUCCUACGUUGGGUGAAGAAAGAGGAGGAUCGUCUCUUCAUUCGUUACCCACCCAAGUACUCCACACCCCCAGCAGCCCCAGCUGCCUCCAUGGACCAGGCUCCCCAUAACGGCCUGUUUACUGGACCUUGAGAGGCAGAGCUCCCAGACUGGGCCGGGCGGGGAAACACCCCCUUUGGCUUUUACUUCCUGUCUCCACCCUGGAAAUGGACCG